UAAACAAGUAAAACAAAAAAAAACUUGUUUGCCAACAAGACGGCAGGAUUUUGCGACGGAUUCAAUCCGUAGCGUUUGUUCCGGGUUUACCUAAAAAUCGAGCCAGCAAAGAAUGAAGAUCAGCAAAAAGCGAAAAUCGCGUCGCGACUCAUCGUCAUCAUCUUCCGGUAGUGGUAGUAACAGUAGUAGCAGCAGCCGGAGUAGCUCCUCCGAUAGUUCGGCCAGCAGUCGCAGCAGCUCCAGUGGUCCAUAUCGUAAAAAGUCCAAAAAAUCCCGCCGGGAGGAGAGAAAAGAGAAGAAAAGGCUGGAGAAGGCGCUCCGAAAGGAAGCCAAGCGAGAACGGAAGGAGGCCAAGGCACGGCAGAGAGCGGUGAAGAAAAAGGAGCGAGAACAGCGAAAGACCGAGAAGCGACUCCGGAAGCAGCAGAAGAAGGAUCGCGAACGGAAUGAGACGGCGACGACGACGACAACAGCGAAGAGUGGAGCGGUCGGGGACGACUGCGGAGUACCGCUGGACCUGAUGAACACCCGGGCGCGAGCGCCGGAAACCCGGGAGCAGUACGAGGCGCGCCAAUCGGUGGUGCGCCGGGUAGUAGAUCCGGAAACGGGCCGGACCCGGUUGGUAAAAGGCGACGGGGAGAUUCUGGAGGAGUGCGUAAGUCGCGAGCGGCAUCAGGAAAUUAAUCGGCAAGCUACGGCCGGAGAUGGAGCCGAAUUCCAACGGAAGACCAUCGGUUGGAAGUUCGAUUAAGCUAAAACGUCAUUCGUCUGUUGUCACUGUAAGCUGUCAGAUCACUCAGCAUCACAACAAAAUUCGACAAAAGCGCAGCACGGUGCACGAUGGGACGUUUGCGCAAACGUCACAUUCGGUGCUGCUUCUCGGAGCCCAA